UAUCCGUCCCCCAUCCUGCCCCCGCCCGUCUCCGCACUGCUGCCUGCGAGCCUCCGUCGUGUGUCACCCCGCAGCAUCUUCAACCUCUCCAUCCUCGUCAUCCUCGCCACACAGCGGAGACACCUUGUCUGACAUUGGAUCAUAAUUCGGAAUACUGUCCUUUGUUCCCAUGCAGAUUAUUUAAACCGAGACGGAGCUCCCCUUCCUUCCUCCCUGCCCUCUGCGUGGAUGCUCGUCUCCUGCUGCACGCGCAACAUCCACGACUGAACAAGACGGAGAGAGUGGGGUGGGGUGGGGGGCAAAAAGGAGAAAUAAAGCCCCUACGAACGCCCUUGCCGUGGAUGGACUGCCGUUUCCCUUCCGUUAUCGUCUCCACGAUAUAGUGGGCUCUCGAGUCAGAGAAGAUGGCGGACCGGGCUGAGAUGUUCUCCCUCAACACGUUCCACUCCCUCUCUCCCCCGGGCUGCAGGCCAGCCCACGACAUCAGCCUGGAGGAGUUUGACGAUGAAGAUCUCUCUGAGAUCACAGACGACUGCGGGAUUGGUCUCAAUUAUGACUCUGAUCCCUACGAAAAGGACUCCCUCAUUCUGGAGAAAAACGACAUGCACCACCCAGUGUGCUCCUUCCAAGAUGACUUUCAAGAGUUUGAAAUGAUUGACGACGAAGAUGAGGAUGAGGAAGAGGAGGAUGAAGACGAGGAGGCGGACCCCGAUGCACCGCCGUCUCCCUCAGCGUCACCUCCCCCGUCGCCCAUUCUCGGCACCCUGAAAAGCAGACCCACCACGCUUAACCUUACCACGGCUGUGUCGCAGGAUUCACUGAACAACAACAGCAGUCAAUCACCAAAGAAAGAAAGCUGGCAGGACUCUUUGCGCAACCCAUCGACACAGGGCCGUACGACUCCAACUCACUCAUGUCUGGAGGAUGGUAACCAUGUGACAAGCCAAUGUCCAGCCUCAUCGCUUUCCCAGUCACCAGGGUCCCAGAGUCAAGGCUCGUUUGGCCAACUCAAGUCCCAUCCUUGCCCUGGUGAAGUCACUCAACCAAAGGCUGACCUUUCAAUUCACACCACCAGAGUACCUUCUGUUGAUGAGCAUUCCCAGUGUUCGGACACAGAGGUGGACCAUGACCUCAACAACGGCCACAACCGCAAACAUUUAAAUCGGCUUGCCACUGACACGUACACAAUCACAAGCGAGUCCGGCAUGGAAGCCGAGAAUGACUUGGAUCCAGAUGGAACCAGUCACUGCUUGUCAUCUACUGCUCCUUUGGGAGGCAACGAUGAUGCCGACACCCCCUUGUCUGACGACGAGCUCGACAAAGACUUUGAAGUUGAGUUCAUGCGGAAGGAGACAUAUGAUAUGGUGUGCAAGGAGAAUCCAUUAUCGUACGUGGAGUUCCCAUGCAUUGAACCAUACGAGCUGGCAGCCUUCUCCAGCUCUGUAUCCUCCAGUCGCUCAGAUGCUCCUGACCAGUGCAAAAAUUCAGAUUCCGCAGCCUUGGUAGCUCCGGUGGUUCCGGCUCACGAGUCCCACUCUCCGUCAUCAGAUCCUGGGAUAGCAGACAUGAACCAACAAGGUUAUGCGACUUCAGACCUAGAUAAGGAACUGAGCUCCCCAGGUUCUGACUCUGAGCUUGAUGGAGAAGUGGACAUAGAAUUUGCUUGUGAAGGUCCCGUGCGCUCGAAUAUGAUCUCGUCCAUCUCAGAAACAGAGCUCGACCUCACUAGUGAUAGCAGCAGUGGGCGCUCCUCUCAUCUCACCAACUCCAUCGAGGAAGCCAGCUCACCCACAUCAGACCAGGAACUGGACCCAGAUACUGAGUUAGAGCAAGACAGUGGUAUUGUAGGACUUAAAGCAUCUCUCUUUUUGGGCCAACCUGACCCAAUCAAAGAAGCUUCUCCCCUACCCUCUCCAUCACCUUUACUCUCCCCAACGAUCGCCACCCCAUCCCCUGACGACUCUCCCAUUUUGCCACCCAAGUUGUACAAUGAUGACAGAACUCUGAUUGAGUUAAAGAACAUGGAUGACGAUCUGUCUGGCGAGCACCAGGCUGACCCAGAUGAAACCCUUCCUCCUCAACAGUGCGAGGACAGCAUGUCCAGACAAAUGGUGCUCAAGAUAGAACCUGACCACAGCCUUGAGUGCUUCAAACGCUCCUUCUACCUUCCAGUGGGACCCAGACUUAUGCCUGAUGCAGAUGAUUACGAUGAAACAAGUGAAGGGGAUUCGGAAUCGGAAAGUGAGGACGACCUGAGUGAGAACUCGGACUCGCCCUGGCUGCUUAGCAAUUUGGUCAACAGGAUGAUCUCAGAAGGCUCAUACCCAAUCAGCUGUCCUGAGGAGUGCUUCAAGAGGGAGGUGUCUGUGUCAGAUACGAUCUCACCAUCCUCAGAAAUGGGCGAUGGUGAAAGUUUUGCCGAUGAGGAGCCAGAAAUGAUAAGAUCAGAGAAGUAUGAAGUCAAAAAGGUCAAGGCUGAGGAAAGUCAGAGAAUGACUAUGGUGCAGCCUUCAAACAAAGGUGUAGCCAUGAACUCUUGCCUCUAUAUGUGUAACCCCACCGGUGACAUAAUCGAACCACUGAGUCCUGAUAACUGUGUACAAAUUUCAAGCGAAUCCACAGAUUGCUCGUCAUGCACCGCUCCAGUCCCCACCACUGCAAAGAACUUCACAGACCAACUCUUCAAGAACACCAAAAGACCAGAAGAGAACGUUGAGCCAAAUAAUGACUUGACAAUGCUAGGGGGAAGAAAGAACAUGGACUCUCCGAGCCUUAGCGAGAGUAUCGGAAGCGACAAAGACGUAGGACGAGAGACAGAGCCCCGAACGACAAGUCGCUCAUCUGCCUCCAUUGAACGAAUCACUGAGGUCAAACACAGCCUGACUCUGGACAUACCGACUGCUCAAGCCAACCGUUGUUUCAACCUCUCCUACUCCACGGACAAUGAUGAAGAAGAUGACCAAGGGGACUCAUACCCAUUCUUGGAUGACUUGAGAAGACGUUCCUACAGGGGUAGCGAUUCAAAGGUUGGUGGUUCACCUCCUGUCGACACCAACAUGCCGGACCAGCCAUGUCCAGAUCGUAACCUCCCACUAUGUGAGAAAGACCUGUCUGCGAAGCCACCCAGUGAAGACGAUGGACUGGCCUACGACUCCAUGAAGUACACGCUUGUGGUUGAUGAGAACACAACUCUGGAACUAGUGAGCCUCAGAAGGUGCACAUCGGUCCUAAGCGACGACAGUGAGCUCUCCACUUUAUGCGACGAAGAGCCUUUGAGGACGGGUCAGGUGGACUACUAUUGUGAUGACGAUGGGGUGAGGCCAGAACUGCUUAGUUCUUCGGGAGACUCGUCCCCUGAGGUGGACCUCCCGUUUUCCAAGAAGUUCCUCAACGUCUUCGUCAAUAGCACAUCACGCUCAUCAAGUACAGAAUCCUUUGGACUUUUCUCCUGCACCAUCAAUGGGGAGGAGAGGGACCAGACGCACAGGGCAGUGUAUAGGUUUAUUCCAAGACAUGCAGAUGAACUGGAGCUGGACGUGGAUGACCCUCUGUAUGUGGAGGAAGAGGAGGAUGACUACUGGUACAGAGGUUACAACAUGCGCACGGGAGAACGUGGCAUAUUCCCUGCCUUCUACGCCCACGAGGUCAUCGGGCAUGCCAAAGAGAUGUUGGCCAUGAAACGUAACCCAGCGUGGAUAGAGACAUUCGACGUGCAGUUCUUGGGGUCCGUCGAGGUUCCUCAACAUCAAGGCAAUGGAAUCCUUUGCGCUGCUAUGCAGAAGAUUGCACUGUCCAGGAAGCGAACGGUGCACGUGCGACCCCCCUCCCUGUGUGAGUUGGAGAUUAGCUUGCAAGGAGUGAAGCUAAUCAUGAGUCUGGAGGAUGAAUACGACUGUCUGGAUGAGUUUGACAGAUGCAGCCACUUCUUCCAAAUGAAGAACAUCUCUUUCUGCGGUUGUCAUCCCAAAAACAACUGCUACUUUGGCUUCAUCACAAAGCACCCCAUGCUGAGCAGGUUUGCGUGUCACGUGUUUGUCUCCCAAGAGUCCAUGCGACCGGUAGCAGAGUGUGUUGGUCGGGCCUUCCAGGAAUAUUACCAGGAACACGUGGAGUACGCCUGUCCCACUGAGGACAUCUAUCUGGAGUAAGACGCAUCGCCUCGUACGUUCAUCCACUUUGUCAUCAGAGGGCUUCUUUGUCUUCUUCUUCUUCUUCUUCUCGCUCCUCUGAGACUGGGCUCUUCGGUUCAACGGCAAAUCCGUCUUCUCUCCAUUUCAACGGAAUGGUUCCUUUGACCGUUUUUUAGGAGAUAAACAAAAAGUGCUGGGCUGUAUGAAAGUUCCUCUUCUCACAUGAAAACCACCUGCCUACUUACUUACCUAUCUACCUACUAGCGACCUGUCACUCUCCCAAUGCAUGGCUCGUAGGAUUUACCGCACACACCGUCAUGUAUUCAGGAACAUAGGCGAGCGGCUCAACAAGGUUUGUAAAUAUGUAUUUGUUUUCAUGUUCCAGGCUACUUGGGUUUCUCCUGGUAGUCACACGGCAGCAGAGUAGUGGCAGAGAGUGCAGUGAGCUUAAUUUGGUGUCGCGUACAAUACGGUGUGCUGUAAAUAGUUAUAUAGGAAGUAGACGUACAAACAACGCCUCAUUCACACUCACAAAGGUUGGUUAUCUCGCCGUGGCUGAGGAACAUGACGUCAAUAUCAUCAAUUUGGAUAAUACAACUAGGUUGUAUUAAGUGCUAUACUGAAAAGAAAAAGUCAUCAGAAUAAUGCAGAUAAUGACCAAAAAUAAUCUUAUAAGCAGAAAGUCGUGAUGUGACUGAGUAAAAGGAUGUAAUAUUAUGAGGGAAAAAGUAUGGUUGAUUGUUGAAAAGUAUCACUGUACCGCAUUGUGCAAGAUAAACGAACAAUAAUACAAUAAAAAGGCCACAUGUCAUGUUCAAUGGUUAGUCCAUGUUUUUGUGGACAGCAGACGUUAGGCAUUUUUUUUUCUUUUUUCUUCUUCAAAAUUUUGUUGCAACAUCAUGACUUUUUUGAGAAUACGAUUGUUUGGGGAAGUUAAAAUCUUCCUCGCAAUAUUUCAAGGAAUUUGUUUUGAUUUUCUAAUUCCAGUAUGAUUGUAGUUUCUUUUAUCCUUGUAAGAUUGCAGGAUUUUUUAUGUAUAACAAUCCAAAUUUAUCCUCCUAAAAAAUAUUUGUGUAGGAUGAACUGUGAAUACUAGAAUAUUCUCGCAAGAUUAUGACAAUUUUACAAGGCCUUUAGUGUUAUUGUUGCAACUUGAUUAAAAUAUUGUUACUUUUCUUUGUAAUAUUAUAUGUUCUCAUAUAUAAUUUUCCCAUAAUAUUGUGAUUUUUCGUUCUGGGAUUAAUUGAUUUUUUACAACUUCCUUCUUUUCUCCUAAAAUUAGGUGUUUUGCCGCCAAAAUUUAAAACCUUUUUCCUGUAUUUAGUACUUUUUUUCUGAUUAAAAAAGGAUAAGAAGAAUAUUUUUCUUAUAAUAUGCUUUCUUAAAUAAGUAGGACCUUUUUCCUUUAAUAUUACGGCUAAUUUUGAAACUAAUUCGUGAUUGUAUGGAAGUUCACACACACAAAAAAAACUUUUCCCUGAUGACAUUACAACUUUUUUCCUUUUAUAACAUCACACUUGUAUUCUGGUUGAAGAGUUAUUUUCUCUUAGGUGAUGCCCUAAAACUUGAUUGUAGGACAAUACCAUGGUAUGUAACAAUCAUUUAUUUGUUUGUCAGCCAGCCCAGAAGCCCACUGAAAAGCCAUAUCUUCACUCCAAUGACUGUUCUGGCGUGUCGUAAAGACAUCUUGUUUCUUUCUAUUCUGAAUGAAAGUGGAUAAACUUUUAGGUACAAAGUUGGACAAAAAAAACUUCAUGACCGUCGCAUGCGUGCUCACAUUUUAUUUCUUGCUUUUGGUGUGGCGGCAGGGUGGGCAUCAGUCGUAUAAUCUCCAAUAUGCAGAGUAUUUAACAGCUUUUAUACAGGAGGGUGCCAUGUAGUAGUAUUCUCACAAUUCAGCGCACUAGUAGACAAAAUGGUAUUGUCCGAAUUUUGGCAGGGCUCGGCUAUUAUCUCCAUCCAUCCCAAUGCUGUCAUUUCGCUGGUGUAUAUAACCAUAGAGGCUCCCAAGUAGUGCUGUGUCCAUUUUUUUUUUGUCUGUUAUCCAAUUACGGAGUGUGUCAUGGAUUCAAAAGAGACAACAACCUGAAAUAAACAACACAUUCUUGUAUGUUAUCUGCAAUAAUUGGACGGUUCAAUAUUUUUCGCCAUUAUUUUAGGACACAAUGAGGGUUAAGGCAAUGAGCCAUAGCAUGGCUACGUUGCUAAUGGGUUGAGGUGUUUGUGUAGACUACGUACAUUAGAGGAACACAGUGCAGUAUGUGACUGAGCAACAUAUCUUUUACCUUUCAAAACUUGUACAACUCAAGGGAGGAAAAUAAUAGAAUCUGCUUUGUCAUGAAUUUGGUCUUACGAAUAAAAUAUAUGC